AAGAAACAACAUCGCACAUCAGAACACCAAAACUUCAAAUUUGAACCAUCCUUCUGUAGGAAGAAGAUGCCAGGCCUUACCAUCGGCGAUACAGUGCCCAACAUUCAAGCUGAUAGCACCCAUGGAAAGAUCAGUUUAUAUGACUACAUCGACGGCAGCUGGGCCAUCAUCUUCUCUCACCCAGGUGAUUUCACUCCAGUUUGUACUACGGAGCUGGGGAUGAUCGCUGCUCAGGCAGAGGAGUUUGCUCAACGAGGUGUGAAGCUCAUAGGAUUGUCUUGUGAUGAUGUUCAAUCUCAUACCGAUUGGAUCAAGGAUAUCGAAGCCUACAAUAAUGGAAAGAAGGUGACAUAUCCAAUACUGGCGGAUCCAAAGGGGGAGUUGAUCAAGGAACUGAACAUGGUGGACCCGGACGAGAAGGACUCAUCAGGCAGGGCAGUGCCAUCGAGAGCAUUGCACAUCAUCGGUCCAGACAAGAAGGUGAAGCUGAGCUUCCUGUACCCAGCAAGUACAGGGAGGAACAUGGAGGAAGUGAUGAGGGUUUUGGAGUCAUUGCAGAAGGCUGCAAAGCACAAGGUUUGCACUCCAGUUAACUGGAAGCCAGGCGAGGCCUGCGUGAUUCCGCCCAAUGUAACUAAUGAUCAGGCCAAGCAAAUGUUCCCUCAAGGCUUUGAAACUCUUGAUCUUCCUUCCAAGAAGGGAUACUUGCGUUUUGCUGCUGUCUGAAGGCCAUGGCUG